AUGCCAUUCGUCAAGGAAGCCAAGAGCAACGCUUACUUCUCUCGCUACCAAGUCAAGUACCGUAGACGUCGUGAGGGAAAGACCGACUUCUACGCUCGUAAGCGCCUUGUGACCCAAGCCAAGAACAAGUACAACGCACCAAAGUACAGACUUGUCGUCAGAUUCACCAACACCAACAUCAUCUGUCAAAUUGUCUCUUCAAAACUUCAAGGUGACGUUACUUUGACCCAAGCUAGUGCACGCGAGCUUCCAAACUAUGGUAUGAAGAACGGUCUCACAUCAUGGACUGCAGCCUACGCUGUUGGUCUCCUCGUCGCCAGAAGAGCGCUCACCAAGCUCGGUUUGGCCGACAAGUACGAGGGUGAUGUCGAAGCCACCGGUGAAUACAGUCUCACUGAGCCACUCGGUGAUGACGAGCCAAGACCAUUCAAGGUCUUCCUUGACGUCGGUCUUAAGCGUACCUCCACCGGUUCCAAGGUCUUUGGUGCCCUCAAGGGUGCCUCAGACGGUGGUCUCUACGUCCCACACUCCGAAAACCGUUUCCCAGGUUACGACAUUGAGUCCAAGGAGCUCGAUGCUGAGAUUCUCCAAAAGUACAUCAUUGGUGGUCACAUUGCUGAGUACAUGGAGUCUCUUGAGGAGGAAGAUGAAGAGAGAUUCAAGAAGCAAUUCUCUCGUUACCUUGCCGACGGUGUUGGCUCCGAUGACAUAGAAGACAUUGUCUCCAACACCCACGAGGCCAUCAGAGCCAACCCAGAGUACAAAAAGACUGAAAAGAGCAAGGACUGGGCUUCCGAGAGCAAGAAACACAAGGCUACUAAGCUCACUAAGCAACAACGUGAUGCUGGUAUCCAACAACGUAUCCAGUACUUCCAACAAGCUGAGAACGCUGAGUAA